GCCGUGUGUGACGAAUCCACUGAGGCGGUGUAAAUAUUGGUCAGCUGUGCGCAGGCGCAUUACUGUGUUGUUGUCGGUGGCGGUAAGAUGGCGACACUCGGAGAUGCAUCAGCACCGGGGCUGAAUGGGUUAAUACAACAGUUCACUGCCAUAACGGGGGCCACUGAGAGUGUGGGACAGCAUAUGCUGGAGGCCUGCAACAAUAAUUUAGAGAUGGCAGUGACCAUGUUCCUGGAUGGAGGGGGGAUUGCAGAGGAGCCCAGCACCAGCUCUAGUUCAGCAGGGGCUUCAAGCAAUAGAAGUCAACCUGCAGAAGAUGAUGUGCGGGCACCAAUCCCACAGAAGCAAGACAUACUGGUGGAGCCAGAGCCAUUAUUUGGAGUACCAAAGCGACGAAGACCUGCCCGUUCCAUUUUUGAUGGCUUUCGGGACUUCCAGACAGAAACCAUCAGGCAGGAGCAGGAGCUACGGAAUGGCAGCCCGAUGGACAAGAAGCUGAGCACACUGGCUGACCUCUUCCGUCCACCUAUUGAGCUGAUGCAUAAGGGGAGCUUUGAGACGGCAAAGGACACUGGACAGCUUUCCAACAAAUGGCUGAUGAUCAACAUUCAGAACGUGCAAGACUUUGCCUGUCAGUGCCUAAACAGGGAUGUGUGGAGUAAUGACGCAGUCAAGUCCAUCAUCAGAGAGCACUUCAUAUUCUGGCAGGUGUACCAUGAUAGUGAAGAGGGACAGAGGUAUAUACAGUUUUACAAACUGAACAAAUUCCCAUACAUCUCCAUAUUGGACCCCAGAACAGGUCAAAAGAUGGUGGAGUGGAAUCAGUUGGACGUGACCUCAUUCCUAGACCAGGUGACGGGGUUCCUGACUGAGCACGGACAGCUGGACGGACUGUCCUGUCAGCCCCCCGCAAAGAGAGCGCGCUCGGAGAGUCUAAUCGACGCCAGCGAGGACAGUCAGCUUGAGGCGGCCAUUCGGGCCUCGCUGCAGGAGACCCACUAUGAGUCCGCCCAGGACCGGCCCGACUCGCGCUCCGAUGAUGACUCUGAUGCUGAGCCUUUCUCUGACAGCGAGGGCCUCAUUUCAGUGGACGGUUCUGACAAUGAGGGCGGAGCAGGCGAGGACUCAUUAGACGGUCACCAAUCACCUUCAGCUGCCUCUGCCCCGCCCUCAACACCGGCCCCACCGACCAGGCCAGAAAGCCCUGCCCACCACAGGAAGUCCCCACACAAAGUGUCAUGUCACAGGAAAGAGGAAAGUAAGAAGAACCACCUGGAGCCCAGCACAUCGAACCAGCAGACAAAGCCCAGCUCCAACCAGCGGCAGCAUGGGGAGAACAACCACUCAUCAUCAGGCCAGCACACACAACCUUCCGAGAUCAGUGCCAGUGAACCCGAUGAUAAUGGCCCCAAGGCUCGACUCAUGUUGCGAUACCCAGAUGGACAGAGGGAACAGAUUGCGCUAUCUACCAACGCUUCACUAAUAGCACUGGUGAGGCACGUGCAGUCCAAAGGCUACCCCAAUGAACGCUUUGAACUCGUCACCAAUUUCCCCAGGCGGAAACUUGCCCACUUGGACUAUGACAUCACACUGCAGGAAGCGGGACUGUGUCCGCAGGAAACAGUUUUUGUGCAGGAGAGAAAUUAGACCCCCUCUGCUACAAUUCAGCCACAUGCCCCAUUCCUUUCACCCCAUUGACCUGGACACACGAAACAGACAGAACCUCUUUAAAGGCCCGGAAGGACUACAAAUGUAUAGAAGCCCCACUUUCUUUGGCGUUCACCUUCAGUCACUUAAUGCACAUCAGCCUGAUUGGGUCAUGUGGUCUACAAUCAGAGUAGGGGACUGACGGUUUUAGAAGUUGGAU